AUGAAAGAGAUGGAGAUGAAAUAUAUAGAUAUUAUGAUACCCCAAGUUAAUGAUGUGACUUAGAUAAGGAAAAUAAAAUUAAAUGCUGACUCAAUGAGAGAUAUUUAGAGUAAAUUUUGUUAUCAAUCUCUGAAAGAUAACAGAGCAGAAUUAAAUGAAAGUUUCUAAUCUAGCAAAGAUAAAUUCAAACUUCUCAGAAAUAGUGAAUUAUUGAGUAUAAAGUAGAUUAUGAAUACAGAAAGAUUGAGAGGCACCAAAACAAUAUAGUGGGAUUAAAAAAUCAUAAACAAUCAUCUACGGUAUCCAAACAAUAUUUUACAUAAAAAAUAGGAACUACCGAAAUUAAUACUGCCAAUCAAACUUUAAAAAAAGAGGAAAAUUGUCCAUAAUCCACUAACCAAUGAGCAGAUUUCACCCAAGAAAAAAAUGAGAAAAUCCUAGUCUCAAGUAGAUAUGAAAAACUGGCCUGAGAUUUAAACAUCUAGAGUAAGGUUCUAUAAUCCUAUUUAUGGUUAUGAUCCAAAAGACAUCAUUGAGAGGACUAAAUAACUUUGCAAAUUAGAUCAAACUGAAUAUGAUAAAUUGGAGGAAAAUGCUCGCAUUGGGGAAAACUUACCUAAAAAAACACACUACCUGAGUGCCUAAAAAGCAACUAGUGCAGCUUAAAAUCAGGUAAAGUUGUAUAUGACUUAAAAAAGAAAAGAAGCAGAUUACUUUUUCAAACCCAAUCUUUAUUAAGAAUGGCAAGGAAAAUAGAAAGAAAAAAGAUUAUCAAUGAUAUCACAGAUUAAUAAUGGAAGACUAACUCCUGAACAUCUAUUAUGA